UGAGCUGAGUGCGACAAGGAAAUUAUUGAUUCCGAAAUUUCAUUAGAGAAAUAUAUUAAAUUAGGCCGACUGGAUGGAACACGUUUGCUGAACACGCGCUAACAGGGCACAAUAACCUCAACUACGUUUGCACAGCAGCUGCGACUGUCAAUUGACUUGGGGCCAGCCAUCAACCCACCCACACACACACACACACACAUAAACAAGCAAGCACAUCGCGCGCACCACACAUACAGCCAAAAUGGUGGACGCUGCCCGACAAAUGCUCGAUGAGCUAAUGGGCCGCAAUCGAAAUUUGCAUCCUUCAGAGGCUGGGCAAGCGGUCAACUGGGAGGAUCCAGAGUUUUGUCAAUUCUACAAUGUGAAAUUUUGUCCGCACGAUCUGUUUAUAAAUACACGAGCCGAUCUUGGUCCUUGCACACGUAUUCACGAUGAGGAGGCGAAACACCUGUACGAGGAGGCGCGACCAUCGCAGCGCAAACGCCAUACGGAGGAUGAGUUUCUGCGCUUUUGCAAUGUGAUGCUGCACGAUGUGGAUCGAAAGAUACAGAAGGGCAAACAGCGCUUGCAGCUGAUGCAGCGAGACAAUCCGUCUGGGACAAUGUCGCAUGCGGCCAAACAUCAGGAGCACAUGAGCAAUCUGACAGCGCGCAUCAAUAAGCUGCUCGCCGAGGCCGAGGAGGCGGGCAUACGCGGCGAUGUUGAUCAGGCCCAGGAUCUGAUGGCUCUCUGCGAGGAACUGAAGGAGGAGAAGGAGUCGGUGCAGCAGCAGUAUGAGGCCCAAGUCAAAAACUAUCAUAAGCUUCGUGCAGCGCCGCCUUCGCAAUCGACCACGCCCACGCCGACGCAGACGCCCACGCUUGGAACAAACGCCGGCGAAAUAUCAAGCAACGAUCAGCCGCUCGCCAGUCCCAACAUAGCCGGCAGCAUUGGCGAUGCCAUCGCCAGCGACGGCACCGAAUCGAAUGAGCCGAUCGAAGAGCCCGCAGCAGGCGCACCAGCACCUGCACCUGCAGCAACUGGAGGCGGCGCAUCGCCAACAGCAGCUGGCAUCAAUAAUGCGUCCGAGGACAGCAAAUCGGACACGAAGACAGAUACCAAAACGGCGGCCAAUUGGUCGCACGAAGUGCUACCCGAAAAGCAAAUGAAGGUCUGCGAAAUAUGCGGCGCCUUUCUCAUUGUUGGCGAUGCACAGCAGCGCAUCGAGGAUCAUUUGAUGGGCAAACAGCAUUUGGGCUAUUCCAAGCUGCGCAAUGCCGUUACCGAAAUCAACGAGCGCCGCCAAAAGGAGCACGAGGAGGAGGAGCGAAGGCGUCGCGAUGAUCGUGUCCAACGCUUCCACAACACCUACGACAACAGGCGCGAUCAGCGUGACUAUCGGGAACGCAGUCGAGACUAUCCGCCCAAUCGCCAAUCAUCGGACAGGCGGCAUCAUCACCACAAAUCGCAUCACGGUCAUUCGUAUUCGCGCAGCGGCAGUCACAGCAGCAGCGGCAGCAGUCGCAGUCGCCACAAUCAUUACCGCCACGACAGUCGGGAGCGGCAUUGUCGCAGUCGCAGUCGCAGUCGCUACUAGGAGGAUACCAAAUACGGACGGACAGCAGCAGCAACUACAACCAACAACAAUGAGAACAGCAAAGAGCAUAAGCAUAAGCAUAUAAACAACAAUUUGAUAAAGAACAACAACAGCAAUAACAACGGCAACAACAACAGCGACAACAACAUCAACAAAUUAAGAAAAAACCAUAACAAACAAUUGUAACUAAUCGAAAAUGCAAGUUAGCUGAAGAUGCGCCACACGCAACUCUCUCUUUGGCUAUGUGCCACGCCCAAUAACGCGCUGCCCCCGCCCCACUCCAUGCAGCAUCGAGGUACUCCAAAUAAUAAUAACACAUUUCAAUAAUCUGUAUAAAAAAAAAAAAAAAAUAUUAAGAUCAGACAGUCUAAAAGGCGCGCAUGUGUGUGACACGUGCGAACCUACCAAAUAUAAUGGGACUAGAGGAUCGAACGAAUGCGUCAAUUGAGAGCGACGAAUUUCUCUCGUCAACUGGUUUUUGGGAACGAAUGAAUGGAUAUAUAUAUAUAAAUAUAUAUGCGUGCCAGCGAAGAGCCUACUCCCAGGUAACUUCUAUGCCCACAACACCCAGUUAUGUUUCUUCAAGACAGACGAAAGCCGCCGAGUGCCAGUCAACGAGCAGCGAGCAGCGAGCAGCGAGUAACGAGUAGCGAGUAACGAGUAACGAGUAUCGAGUGACGGGUUCACUAUAUCUUCCAAUCAUGUUAACUGUAAUAAGCAUGAGAUACCGAGGUGAAUUUCAAUUUGUCUCCUUUUAUCUCUCUCUUUCUAUCUAACUGUCUC